AUGCCACCUAAGAAGAGAAAGCGUGUCGAUGCUCACAAAAUUGAAGAGGCAGUGAAUGAAGUAUUACAAAAAGGCAUUCCUUUCGUCAAGCCUAGUGCUGAAUCACCGGCUUUAAUAGUCCUCGACAACCAUAAAACUCAUAUAACUAUUAACGUAGUGCUGUAUGCCCGAGCAAAUAACAUAAUAAUACUAACCUUUCCACCUCACUGUAGUCACCGCCUGCAACCCCUCGAUGUGACUGUAUUUGGACCCUUCAAAGCUCGGUAUAGAGCCAGCAUGAAUGACUGGAUGACUUCGAACCCUGGAAAAACUAUCACUAUUUAUAAUGUGGCUCAAUUUGCUAAAGAUGCUUUCUAUGCUGCUUUUAAUAUGAAUAAUAUAACUUCUGGUUUCAAGAACACCGGGAUAUGGCCAAUUAAUAAAAAUAUUUUCACAGAUGAAGAUUUUUUACCUGCUUUCGUAACAGACCGACCACAGUCUCUUAAGACCCCCACUGGUUCAGCUGAAAACUCUGACGAAUCUUCCUCAAAUGAAGAAGAACUGCCCCAUAGAUCUUACCUUCUUGAUCCUGAACUUGAUUCAAAUGCACGAACCGUUUCACCUUCCAUUUUAAUUCAGCCACAAGCCGGGCCCUCUGAUUUGAACGAACCACAACCUGGAACUUCUAAAACAAAAGAGACACAACCUGGAUCUUCUACUUUGAAUGAGCCACAACCUGGACCCUCUUCUUUAAAUGAGUCACAAGCUGGAUAUUCUGAUACUGAAGUUUCACAUGUAAAAAUUUUAAAUUCUGCUUACCCUUUAAUAACUCCGGAAGCCGUUCGACCAUUUCCUAAAGCUUUACCUCGAAAACCUACUGGGAAGCAACGUAAAGGUAAAACCACGAUCAUAACUGAAACCCCUGAAAAAGAUAGAUUGCUGUUAGAAAAUAUGAUGGAUAUCUUAAAAAAGAAAACACCCAAGACUGAGAAACGAAACUUAAAGCAUGUGAAACAAAUUUUCAAAAGUAAUUUAACAGAUCAGGAAUCAAACAAAACCAAAAGUAACGAGAAGGCUAAUAAGAAGAAAACCUAUAUUAAGAAAAAUGCUAAAGCUAGUCAGAAGAAGAAGAAGGUUGCACGAAAAAUAUCAAGCACUAGUAGCAGCAGCGAUACAUUGUCAAAUAUAGGUAAAGAUUCUGACUCAAUAGAUGAUAUUUCUGAAAAUGAAGAAGUCACUCCAAAAUUAAGAAAUCGCAGCAUUACAAAGGAUAAAACAGAAGAUGAUGACCAAUGUAAUGUGUCUUAA